UGCGCGCGUGUGUGUGUGUGUGUGUGUGUGUGUGUGUGUGUGUGUGUGUGGUAAAGUCAAAACAGCAAAAAUGUUGCUGCGUCAUAUCAUUCCUUCGAAUAACGAAGUGGAGGAAAUCUACAUAGUGAGACAGGAAGAAGAUUUGGAAGAAUCGAACGUCAACCCACUGGAUUCUGGAGCAGACUCAGGCAUAGUCUCGACAACAUUUGUAAAAGAAGAUGUGGAAGUUAAGAUCGGACAGGAAAAUGAGUACUAUUUGAAUGAAGAUUAUGCUGAUCGUUCGCACAAUAGUAUCAGAGAAAAAUGUGCUAAAAAAAGUAACAGCAGUGCUUACUCCAGCAGAGAUCAUGCAUUACGGGAGACGGUGCGAGACAAGAAAGCUUACACGAAAGAAGACACACUUGAAAGGAGCUCGGUAUGGCAUGCAUCGAAAAGUAAAACCGAUUUUACAGUGUCGCAUCGUGAAGAUAAUGGCAACAUAAUUAAACUAAACCUGUACGAAAAAUUUCCGGGAGGUAUUAAGGCCGAAUUAGAUGAAGAAGGUCUUCGAUCCCCACUGAGUGCUGCGGAUCGUUCAGAUAGAAGCGUUUCAGUGCCGGACGAUGCGCAUAUUAACGUAGAUGACGCUCGACAUGAGUUAAGCACAAAUGACACUGACGGCAGUGAUGGGUUUCACCCGCCGGCAGCAAAGAGACAACGUUCCAAAAAACAACAAGAGCCACCCGUUCGGAAAGUAGGCAGGCCACGUAAGAAAAUAACGGAACUGUUUGAGUCUUGGCAUGCAUCUUCCAAAAGCAAGAGACGAAAACAUUACACGUUUGAAACAGGGGGCGAGACGUUGAACCGAACCUGCGAUGAAGCUGACGAAGUAGGAAAGGACGAUGUAACGUUGUGCUAUAUAUGUCAAAAAGAUUUGAUUUCGCGGACCGAACUGCUUGAACAUCUUCAAAGUGUGCACGUGAAAGAUAUUCCCUUCAAUUGUACAAUGUGUGUUUCUGAGACGAUUACAAAUUUGCAUCGACUGAAUUUGCACCAUCAGCAACAUGAUCAAACGUUGAAGCGACGUUGUCUCUAUUGUCCAGCUCGCUUUUCUUGUGGACAAGCCGUCAGCAGACAUAUGCGCAAUCUACAUCAGCAGCAAUACGUAAGCGAUGCAGAAAAGAAUAGGCGCUUUGUGUGCCGGUACUGUGCCCAAAAAUUCACUAAAAUGUACGAUCUGGAGAAGCACGAAAGGAAAACCCACAUGGAACAAUCUAGCGACGAGGAAUACAUGAACCGCGAAUUGACGUGUUAUAUCUGUAAUAAUUUCGUAGGUAAAUCACGCGAAGAUCUUAACGAACACGUAGGAAUGCAUGCGGACUGGCUACCGUAUCGAUGCGCGAAAUGUGACAACAAGGUGAUAAAUUCGACCAGGGUCCUGCGGGAACAUCUUCGUCAGCAUGCUGCAGGUUUGGCCAUCAAGUGUGUUUACUGCGAGAAGCGUUUUGCAACGUUGGCUGACUGUCGACAUCACGAGGAACGCACUCACGUGCAGGAGAAACAUGUGGAUGAACUGCAAGAAGCCAAAAUACAAUCGGAAAUACAUGAUACGAAAGUUAUUGUGACUGAUGGACAGAAGCGAUUUCAGUGUAAAAGCUGUGAUCGUUCGUACACGAUGCUAAGCACCCUAAGGCGCCACCAGAAUGUCCACUCGCUGGAAAACAAGUUUGAAUGCAAAUAUUGUGGCAAAGUGUAUCACAAGUCCUCUUCACUUGAAACGCACGAGAAACGGAACCACGAUGGGAACAGUCCUUACGAUUGCAAUGUUUGUGGUAAACGUUUCAAGGAAUCCAGCAAGCUGAUUGAACACCGCCGUACCCAUUCUGGGGAGAAGCCGUUCAUUUGUGAAGUUUGCGGUAAAUGUUUCCGCAUUCGACAGGUAUUGAAGGAGCAUAAAGUAAGCUGCUUUGGUCCGGAAGCCGUACAAUCCUGUUACUGUGCGCUCUGUGCCCAAACCUUCGAUAGCCUUUCAAUAGCUCUGCAGCACGUGAAAGCCUACCACGAGUCGGAUAUACCCGACAGAAAGUGUCGUUAUUGUGAUUUGAUCUUCCGGGAGGCAGAAUCGUUGGUAGAACACGAGUUCCGCCACACCCUGCCGGGCAUAAUCACGUGCAAUGUUUGCAAUCGCAUCUUCAAACACCAUAAAAAUCUCAUGCGCCACGUUAAGAUGCAUGCCGAUCAGCCAGUACCGUACAUGUGCGAUUUGUGCGGUAAAACCUUUACGCAGAAGGGUUCGCUGACGAUUCAUCGUCGAAUACAUACUGGUGAACGUCCUUUCUCGUGUGAGCUGUGUCAGAAGGGAUUUGUCGACAAAAAGGAAAUGCGACGACAUUAUACAUCGCACUUCAAUCCGCAAAGUAAAUUAUAUAUUCCGAAUGCCCACUCUAUUGCAAUGCCACCGGAGGCCGGCCCUACUGGGAAGAAAUAUAAGACGUAUAAUUGCAAAAUCUGCAGCCGGCAGUUUACAUCAAGCUCUAAUCUUGCAAAGCAUCUAACAACACAUACCGGUGAGAAAAAGUAUGUUUGCGAUUUCUGCGACAAACGUUUCAGUCAGGGUGGCCAACUAACAGUACAUAGGCGCAUACAUACAGGAGAGCGACCGUUUGUGUGUGACAAUUGCGGUGAUAGAUUUUUGGAUGGAAGUAGCUUUAAGCGCCACAAAACGCACCACCUGUGCCGUAUGAAAUCUUCGUUGUCUUCCGGUGCAGUACCUACCGCGACCGAAGAUUCUCCAGUAGAAAUACCAUUACCUAUUGAGUUAUCUUAUGAUAUCCCUAAAAUAGAACGUAAACAUUAAGGUACUAGUGAUUAUGUAGUUCGAUACAAUUACGAUUACGUGAUUACGUAAUGUAUUUGUAAAAAAAAUUUAGUAUAAGGUAUCACCUCAUCAUAUUGCAAAGAUCAUUAUUGAAAAGGAUAAAAACAGAAACAAUCGACUAGAAAUGCAAUACAUCUCAAAAUGGUUGUCAACGGAUUGACGAAUAGGUUUAGGUUUGUGUGAUUUUGACGUGCAUCUCAUUUAUUUAAUUAUUUUACAAUAAAUGAGAAAAAUAAACGUGUUUCACUUUAGUCCAUCGAACAUUUAUGUAACACAAAAACUCAUUAUGAUUUUAUUGCUUUUACAGCACCGCCAGUGACUUUGAUUAGCGUUGUUAUGAUCAGCGUAUGGUUUGUUGAGGAAAUAGGACACUAGUUAGAAGACAGCUAGCAACAAGAAAUACAAAAGAAUAGGUGAGAGAAUCAUGUUUAAGGUAAGGUUCAACCAUGCCCGGAAGGGCUUGCCGCCACGGACCUAGUUGUCAGGACGCCAUAGCUACGUGUGUCUUUCGUUUUAUAACUGUGUUUUGUUUAAGAUGCUGAUAAAUACUGAUUCUAUAAAAUAAAUAAAGGUUAAUACAGAAUGACUCGGAUCGAUUUUGAUUUAAAGAUAGG